UGGGGGAGGGGCGGUGUGUUAUUUUGCAUUCCUGCAGUGUGUGCCCUUUAACCCCGUUGUUAUGUUCCCCCCUGCAUUCCUGAGUAAGAGGAUUUCCUGCAGUACGCGUAGCAGCGUGUGGACUCGCCUUCUGUGUGUGUUUACAACGACAACAACAACAAAAAAAGGAAAAGCGCUUCCGUUUUGAAUAGACGAAAAAUCAUCCUGUAAAAAAAAAAAAAAAAAAAAAGCGACAUCUACGUUUAAAAACAAAAGACGAACCCGCCCGAAGAAAUGAAGGACAAACAGAAGAAAAAGAAGGAGCGCACGUGGGCUGAGGCUGCCCGCAUGGUGCUGGAGAAUUAUUCAGAUGCUCCAAUGACGCCGAAACAGAUCCUGCACGUCAUCGAGACAAAGGGACUCAAAGAGAUGAGAAGCGGGACUUCACCUUUGGCGUGCCUGAACACAAUGCUGCAUUCACAGUGCAGAGGAGACGACGGGAUCUUUUUCAAGCUCCCUGGCAGGUUGAGUCUUUUCACUCUGAAGAAAGAUGCCCGGCAGUGGUCCAAAAGCAUGGCAGUGCCAGAGGGAGAGGGUUUGGAAGACCCUGCAGAUGUGGAAAGCUGUGAUUCCAAUGAAACCAGCCCUGCAAGUGGGGAAAGCGACAUGUCCUUGGAUGAGACCUCAUCUAGUGCUUCAUGUUCCACAGAAACGCAGAGCAAGCAGACACCUCAGGCCAGACAGAGCAGCCUCAGAGCAGCACAGCAGGGGAGGGCAGCCAAUGCCUCCUCUGAGAGAGAAUCUGGAAGGCAGAGAAAGAAAGGUGUCAUGAUGCCUCGUGUUGUACUGACCCCACUGAAAGUAAACGGAGAGCAUGUAACCUCAGGUUUUCCAGGCAAGCGCAGAGAAGUGGAGUUGAGCAGCACCUGUAGCAGCAGCUCCACAAUCGCCUGCAGCAGCUCGUUGAGAAGCAGGGCAGAACUGAGCAGGAAACAUGGGCAGCGCUUCAAAAACCUGCACAAGUCACGGACAGGACAAAUGAAGAGAAACAAAGGGGAAGAGGUUGAUUUUGAAACGCCAGGCUCUAUCCUGGUUAAUACCAAUAUCCGAGCGCUGAUCAAUACACGGACACUUGCGACUCUGCCUCCCCACCUCCAGCAGCAGCUGCUGCUCCUGCUUCCAGAGGUUGAUCGACCGGUUGGUGUUGACGGGCUGGCACGUAUCAGCAGCUCUGCAUUGAAUAAUGAAUUCUUUACACAUGCGUCCCUGUGCUGGAAGGAGAGGCUUGCAGAUGGAGAAUUCACACAUGAGAUGCAGGUGAGAAUCCGCCAGGAAAUGGAAAAAGAAAAGAAGGUGGAAUUGUGGAAAGAGAAGUUCUUUGAGGAUUACUAUGGGCAGAGGUUGGGCUUAACCAAAGAGGAAUCACUAAAGCAGACCUUGGUGCAAGAAGACUCAGGAAAUCUGACUGCUGCUGCCAUUCCGACUGGACCCGCCAAGAAGCGAGCUGCUGGUCGCAGACGCAAGGACGGGCGUCUGAGGAGACGCUCCAGGUCAGACCUCAGGACCAGAGCUAGACGGGCUCUUUGCAGACAACCCAAGCUGGAGGAAGCUGAAGAUCAUUCUGAAUCUGCUGCUGCUGCUGCUUCAGGUAUUGAAGCCACUUCAAAGGGAGAACAUAAAAUACAGACGGACUUGGAGGACGCUGGGACUGAAGCCCAGGCAACUCAUGCAAUAUCUGUUGCUGCUGUUUCACUUGUAGGGGGUCAGUUGGAGAUGCCUGCUGCCUUGUGUUCUGUGGACUCCUCUAGUUCACCCGAUAAUCAGAGAGACCUUGGCGCUGCUUCUGCUUCCCCUGAUGAGAGAGCCUACCUUAGCACUGAUGCCAGCGACAAGAACAACUCUGGGGAGGUGAAGGACCAGAAGAGGAAAUUCGGCGAGCCCACAGCCUCCACCUCCUUCCCCGAGAAAAAGCCACGUCUUGAUGCUCGCCAGUCCUUUCGGAACACAAUUGACUGUGUUCACUCAGAAAAGCCACAUCACACCAAAGAGGAACCAAAAGUGCCACCUAUCAGAAUCCAGCUUUCCCGGAUCAAACCUCCCUGGGUGGUUAAAGGACCGCCCACAUACCAGAUAUGCCCUCGGAUUAUCCCUAACCAAGAGACAGACAGCCGUGGCAGGACCGGAGCCCGGACGCUUGCUGACGUUAAAGCCCGUGCCCAGCAGGCCCGGGCACAGAGGGAGGCAGCAGCUGCUGUCGCAGCUGCCGGGGGAGUCGAAGGGCCGGAAAGAGGAGGAGGACCAGGAGGGGGUGGAGGAAGAAGAGACUGCUACGAACCAGCAGAGCCUGGAGGAAGCAAAGGAGUGCUUACAGAGGCUUUGUCAAAUCAUCUCGAAGGAGCACAGCUACAGCAGGACCCUGUAGAGGGCACAGAGGACAAGAUGGUAUCAGAGACUGAGCUUUUGCAGAAUGUUAAAUCUGAAAUUAUUCAAACUGAAAUAUCUUUGGAAAAAGAUUGCAAAAUUAGAGUUCUGCCCAAAGUCUUUCAUUCUCCGGUAGGCAGUGCAAGGUACGCAGAUCCGGCUGGUAUAGAUCGUAAGAGUGCUUCUCAACAGAUUGAUGACCCGAAUUACACAGAUGUGAUCUACACUGAAGAAGUGGAACCUGUGAGUGAAGAAGAUAAAGCUGUCCAGGUUAUAGAAACCCGAGAACAAGUUGUGGAAAUGAUGUGUGAACCUGUUGGUAUGGAAGAUCACUUAGAGACUGAAACCAGCUCGGAAGAGAUUGCAUGCCAGUACUUUGAAGUAAAGAGUGAUGUGGUAACAGUGCUGGUUCCCACAUCUAUACCUGACACACUGCCAAGGUUUGGAGCAGAAGGCAUUGAUGCCCUCAGAACUUUAGUUUCUUUACAGCCUUUAGAGGGUGUUCACAGUGUGUAUAAAGAAAUAAAGGUAAAGAAAUACAAGGCCAAAGAGGUGGAAAAUGAAGAUGAUGAAGAGUGCAUAUCGCCAAGAUUGCCGAACCACAAGGAAGAGAGAAAUGGUCAUGGUACAGAAAUAACCUUAAAGAAUUGUGAACAAUUAAAUAAAACCCAGAGCCCAGAAAAAACAAAACCACGUGCACAACUGCUUCACAUUAAGGGUGUAGCUUGUAUCUCGGAAGAUUUUUCUUCUAGUGUUCCAUGUAUAGAUGUGGAAAGACAUGCAUCAAAUCAGACACUCCUCGUUGAUUUAGAUCUUGUAUCAGCUUGUUUGCAUAGCGAGGCGGGUAUGCAUAGCGAUUCAACAGAGACUGCCUCUGACUUUGAAAAUGAAAUGGGCGAAGAGCAUAGCUGGCAUGCUGAAAUAGACAAAAAAUGCAGUCCAGACACUGCAAGUACAAUUUUCCCUUCCCGUCCUGUUGCAGCAGCAAAAUCGAAUGGCUGGAAUCCGGUAUCUGAGGCCUGCCAAGCAAGUAGUAACAGACAUAAUAUUGAUAACGGGAGGAAGAAAGAAAAUAAGGACAGCUCUCAAACUGAAGCUCAUAAUCCCCUUUCGACUGUGCAGAAAAAUGCAGAGGCCCCAAGAAAGGCUGGGAGCUCAAGCAGGCACGUGUCUUCAGUAGAAGCGAACAACCCACUAGUAACACAGCUGCUUCAAGGCAGUCUUCCUCUUGAAAAGGUGUUGCCACAGCCUAAUUCCACAAGCAAGCUUGAAAUCCAUCGGCUGCCUGUGCCUCUUCCGAUGCCACAGGAAAACCAGUCUGUUAAAAGUGUGCAGAGUAGUAUAGGCAGAGGAGAGGACUCUUGUACAACGAACUCCAAAACUCAUCAAGAUCUUCCACCAAAAGCAGGGCAAGGGCAUUUAAAAUCUUAUCUGGCUCACACUGAAGUUUGGGUUCAAUCUCGGGUUUCCUCAAAUGAAAUUUCUCCACGUGGGGGACAAAUCCAUGGUUCUCAGGAACAGGUGAACACAGUUGUGACUCCGAACACACAUGAAGAUAGCAGAGUCAGUGAGCAGGGGAAAUCCUCUUGUUUUUUUGAAGAGGUGGAGAAUAUUGCUGGAGGACGAUCCCAAGUGCACUCUCCUGCAUUGUCAAAUAAUAACCCUUCGAACUCUGCUUUUGGACAAAAUUCUUCCUUCGGUUUAAUUGUAGAUAAAGGAUACCCAGGAGUUCCAGGGCAGAAAGGUGCUGCUCAGGAGUGCAAAGCAGGUGACGUGCAGUGCAAUACAGACAUGAACCAAAUGCCACCUCAAAACAAGCAGGUGUCCCUGCAAAAUAAUUUUGUCUCCAGGGAAGUUGUGCCCACUGUUAAAAUAGACUGGCACCCAAAACAGCAACCCGGUGUCAAAAAUGAGAACCUGUCUUGUCAAAGUCCUUCCAAAAACGUUCUUAUAACCGGUAAAACAGACUCGGCAAGUCCUUUUGAAUCCAAGGAACAUUUCCCAGGGACACUGUUAAAUGUAGGAAUGUCUCUUGUCCGAUUGACAAGAGAGUCUGGAAAUCCCUUCCAGUACCCUUUGGAGCCUUCCUACAUUCCUUUCCAGCUUAAUAUCCAGCAACAGUUUUACGGGAAGCUCCCUAAACUGCAUUAUAACAGCAGCUUAGGCUUUAAUUAUACUACCAACAUGUCGAUUUCAGACCGCGCUCUUAACGGCUUCUCUAAGAAUAUUGCUAACAGUGUGAUGCAGCUGCAGCAGAAGACCUUUGCAGAGCACACUGUUGAGGAAAUGGCUCUCAAGUGCUCAUGCAGACUGAAAGCCAUGAUCGUGUGUCAAGGCUGUGGUGCUUUCUGCCACGAUGACUGUAUAGGUCCCUCUAAGCUUUGUGUGUCCUGUCUUGUAAGAUAGCGAACAGUGAUCUGUGAGCGCGGUGUAUAUAGAAUUAUGCUGUGUUUUUUUUGUGGCAUACAAUUUUUUUCUAAUGUUAUGUGAAUUGCAAGGCUGGGCAUGGUUCCAUCUAUCUUACCUCUGUCCUGUUCCAGUUAUGGCAUAAGUUGUAUCAUUCAUGGAGAGGGAGGUGGGGUGACACCACAUGUCUUGAAUUAUUUUUAAUUAUUGAAUAUGGGAAUUGCAUUUCCUGUUCUUAUUCAGGCUUCCUGUUGUCUUUUUCUUUUUUUUUUGUAUGUUAUGUUUAGCUGUUAAGCAGAGUAUUAAAGUAAACAUUAAACCAGACUUUGAAUUGAUUUAAACGUGUUAAAUGAAAUGUAGUUUGUGUUUGUACAGUAUUCAUUAUCAAAGCUUUGCUUUCUCCAGGGAAUGUGAACUUGUAAGAAAUCUGAAAUGGAGCUUUCUGUUGUAAAUGACCCACCUAGCAGUAAAUAGUGUAGCACACCUCAAAGCUGUACACUUCUGUGAAGGGAGAUGUAGUCACAGUCUGUCAAUUCUAAACCCCAGACACUGCAAGUGGCACACAGUUAAGAGGACAGCCAUGGAUAAGUGCACCCUGGUUAUACUGUUGAUAUGCAAUUGACAGAUUUCAAAAGAUCUUGAAGGGUAGAAAUAACAUAUUUCAGUAAUAGGAAAGCCCCCAGUGAAGCACACAUCAGAGAACGGCUGGUUUCAGUAUACAAAGUGUGUUCAAAUCCUUCCAAGGCAUUUUGUAUCCAUAAUCAAGUUGACACUAAGGAAAGCACUGCAUGCCAAGGUGUUCAUAUGUUGCUGAAUUCAGGGAUUAUAUAUUUAUUAGUUCUUAAUAAAACUGGGAUACAUAUGGUCCCUUUAUAGUCUGUAUUCUGUAAAUGGAUUAAACGUGUUAAAAUAUACUUUUACUGAAACUGUCCAGCUGUCGCUUAUAAAUAGGGCGUCUGAUUUUUGGAUUUUACCAGAUUUUAGCCCAAUUUCUCCCCCCCUCCGAAUACUUUUUUCUGCAUUCAGGUUAAACCCGAAAACUCCUCAAAUAGGCACGUACUGUAUAUGAAUAAACGCACGUGCAGUUAUCUGUGAUUCAGAUGUAUCGGAGCAGAUCUGGCGCUGAUAACGGUAAGCUGAUUUACUGAUUAGAAAAAUGUGGCUUUUUAGUGUAAUUUUUUUUUUCAAAAUUACAGCAAUAUAGCUUUAGGGUUUUUGCUUUUUUUUGCACUUUUCUUCCCCAGUUAUUGGUUUUGUAAGUGUGUGUUUAAGCCAAGAGUAUUUGCAUGUAACAGUCGAUCGUUUCUCUCUGUAAAACAGCAUGGAGUAAAGUUGGUACUUUACUCCAUGCUUGCAACUCCACUACAAAAUAAAACUUGAUUAGAACGGAGAAAUGCCUCCUUAUACAGUGUGUGAGAGGGGAGAGAGACAGAUGGAAAUAUACAUACUUUGGGGAUUUAAACUGCUGACGACAACUUUGUGCUUAAGCAUUUCUUUAUUUCUAAAUAAAAUCCGAUUUCUACCCCAAUUUUUUUUUUCUUGCUUUAUAUAUGUACAAAAUGUAUGUAGCUGCGACCGAUUUGACUAUUUCCCAGUGAAGCAAAUCAGAAUUUGGGGCCUAAUGAACCAGCUGAAUUGACACACUCCACACAACACCCGCAAACUGCAGAGUGUUCAUUAUCUAUCCCAUGCAUCUUUGUGUCUAACCCUAUUGUACACAUAUUAAGGCAAUAUUACUCUUAAAACAACACUUGGCCAUAUAGCAGCAUUGUAUGCAAAUGGAUUUCUGUAGAUAGAGCUGUUUACAUUGAUGUUCUACCUUGCGUUGCAGCUCCCACAUAAGAGUAUUAGCCUGCUGUGGGUGUUGUGUUUUUCAUGCAGGCCCUUGUUUCUGUGAUGCACACUGCCACCUGCAGGUUGUGUUUAAAGUAGAAUGCUUGCUGUUUCACAAUUUGAUUUAUUCUUUUAAAAGAGAAGAAAAGAAGAAAAAAGAUGCUUUGAACUGCAUUGAUUUUGUAAAGUGGUGUUGGGCUUCACCCAUUUCAGUAAAAUAUUCAAGGGCUAUGUGGUGUGUGUUUUAGACUUGUGUUUUCCUGGGACUCUUACAAAACUUGGUUCUAUUUAGAGUUGAUAGGUUUGCAGUGCUGUAACUGGACAGCCAUACAGAAUGUAGCAAUUUUACCCUGCCUCUGUUCAGGUUGGUCAACUUUUCCAGAUGUUUGAUGGCCGACAUGCGUAUUGCAUUCAUGUUAAAAAAUAAAUAAGAAAUAACAUACUAAUAGUGGCUUUUAAUAAAGGACAAACCUGUAUAAAAAUAUUUAAAUAUCACUGACUCAGACACUAUACAGGCAUGCAGAAUCUGCUUGCUCUAUGUGUUUGAUAAAAUUAAUGUAAAGCCUGGAAUUCUCAUUAAAUUCUUAAUCAAAGGGUUUUAGUAUAGUUUAGUGAUAUUUAGGACAGGUUUUGUGAACUACUUUAAGAAACGAAAGCUAGGCACGCCUUCCUGUGGUUUACCCUAAUGGGAAGGGUAUAGAAUGCUCCUCGGGUCACUAUUGAAUCCUGUGUUUGAUGGUGCUGCAGAAAGACGGUUGUGUUCCAUUGUCUGUGCCUGGCUUUUGUUAGUUGUGAACUUCAUUAGGAAAACAAAAUAAAACAAUCUGACAAUAAAUUGUAAUUCUUCUUCUUUUACAACAGCAAAAGAACUUCCCACGCCAGCCUUAGUCCAAACAUUUCCCAUUUAUUUAAGCAGGACUUCAGUAUUGCAAGACUUUUUAAUGCAGUAUGUGUUGUCUUCCAUGUUUUGAUGUUUCAUUUAUAUAGCAAGAUAAUGGAUGUAAACAAAUAAGAAAAAAGCGCUUUCCUUGUAAGUACUAUAUCGUAGCAUAAAGUAAUUUUAGACGCAGUAAUUCAAGACUGAUGAUAAAGAAUGCUUUGACUUUAACUUGCUGGACUGUGAUUUAUACUACAGGUGGUAAUUUAACUUCAUAUUUGGAGUGCAAACCCAGACUGCUUGGUGCAGUGCAGCUUCCAAUGUUAAUGGCAACUGUUUUGUGUAAAUCUGGAUUAUAUGCAUUGAUUGAAACUCCAUUGAUCACAGUUUUUCAAGUGAGUAGACUGGCUUCAAAGGAAGCCAAUCAUGCCGACAGUGUAACGAAAUGGGCAGUUAACGUUACCUGUGGAAUUGACAGGUUAAGGGGUUACAGGGGGGUCAGUGGUUGCCCUUUGCUAUACUAGAUAUUCAAAUCCGGUUACAAAGAGCAAUGUUUUUCUAUGGUAAGCUGGUCUUCAAACACGUACUUUGCGUUUCUGCUUUUUGACCAUUUUUCUUGUUCUCUAAACUACCAAAGAUUCCCUCCUCCCCCCACCCCUCAUUAAAUCUUUUUGCUCAUUCUCAGGGUCUCAAAUUAUUAACCCCUUCCUCUUAACUUUAUUUUGGACAUGUAUUCUUUCUUGUGAAAUGUAUCUUUCUUGUGAAUGUAGGUAAUGGUGAUGUGUGAUAUGCAUUACUUUUGUUCUUUUCAGUGUAUACAUUUUUCUUGCGUGUGUGAAGUAAAAUAACUUCUGCGUAA